GCAGAACCGAGCGGCUGUACUGCCCAAUACCGCCACUGUACCACCUUGAUACCACUGGAUUCCGUCUUGUACUGUACAUACCAGACGAGACCACGGGGAAAAAAAAAAAAAAAAAAAUCCCAACCUUCUCGUUUCUGGCAACGACCUCAAAGUCCCGUCUUCUCUUCUUCUUCUUCCUUCUUCUUCUUCCCUUGCCACCCUCAUCCCCCUUAUCAUCACAACACACAUCAACUUUUGAUUUACCGGCGGAUCCUCUUCAUUUUCUGAAGCAGGACGAUCGCGGAUAGUUCAGUUUCCUCUGUUCCAUCCGUCGCUUUUCUGAAAAUCCCGUCUCUUCCGCUCUUGCGGUGGUGUGCGGAUUCACACCCACUCCUUAUUUGAGUGUCUCGUUAAUCCACCUCGACAGGUUUUUGCGUGCCAAACCGUAUCCCCUCUUGGUUUGACACUUUUCCACGACUAGGCAAUAUAUUAUUUUCGCCUUCAUCGACUUUGUUUUUCAUCGUCUUUGCUCUAUCGCGCCGUUUUACGAUUUGAUUUUAUAUUUGUCAUAGUUUUUCCCCUCGUCUCGAGCCGGAUCUGGAAUCUGCUGGGCGCACACUUUCCCAGCUUGUUUCUUGAACGUUUCUUGUCCCUAAUAACUUUAUCUAUUUCAACCACUGUUCCGGCGACUCUUUGCGCAGACGAUCGUGUAAUGACAUCGAUCUCCCAGACAUCAGGCCUCAAACCACAGGGACAGAGUAGUACCAGCAGUUCGGCCUCGCCUCAGGGUCACUCUCCCACUUCUUCGAAAUCUCCGCCGCAGACCGUUACUGGCGAAGCGGCCACCUCAACGACUGCCGGAAGUGGGCCUGCUCAAACGCCUCAGCAUGGAAAGUCGCCCUCUGUCUCUCUGAACGGAAAACACAUGCAGCAUCCAGUAGCCCCCGUCGCCGGUGGCUUGACCAUCGUCAACGGAAACACCGCGCCAAACACAUCCUUACACGACAGGAAAAGUUCUGUCACUAUCAACCCUAGUUUAAUCCCGAAUGGAGGCCCAGCUGGCGCUUCAGGCCGCGCAAAUAGUCUGCGAUUCGGGUCGUUGGACUCCCAGGGAGCUCCGGUGGACAAUCCCGCGCCUCUUCCACACCAACCCCAGUCUACUUUAGGCGCUAAUGCAUCUAUGAACCCUCGCACAACUUCCCCACAGACAUCUCCUUCUCCUAUUCCUCAACCUAUAGCAAGUGGCGGACGACCACCAUCUUCCCUACAAGGACAAGGGAAUAAUUUUAACUUUGGCAGCUUUGGUGGUGACCCCGGUGACGUGAAUCGACCAAAUAUGCGACCUGUUCCGAUGGGCCCGAAUGCCCAAUCUACCCACUUUCGACGUGAAUCGUCACACUCUGCACAUGGUGAUAUGGGCAAUCAUGCUAUGCCAAGUGCUCCUCCAGGACGCGGCGGCUAUGGUCAUGGUGGCCGAGGAAGAAGCUAUGGACAGCCCCAUCAGGCAAUAGGAUAUAACUCGCCCGGCCCUACAUAUAGAUCCACUUCCAGCCAACCUCGGGGCGGGCCCAAUAUGGGUUACCAUGGCCAUCACCAGCGAUCUCUAGGUCCCUUCCCAAAUUCGCCCCGGCAGCCGGCUCGAAGCCCUGCGCUUUCCAACGUGAACCCCGCGACUCCACCGAUGUCCCACGUUCCUAUGGCAAAUACACAAAUGCAGGCCCCGCAUUAUGGCGGAUAUCCUUCUCAUAUGGCCCCUCAACCAGGAUUCGUUGCUCAGGGCUAUGAUCCUAAUUACUAUUACCAACAUUCGACAUAUAAUAUGCAGCAAGGAUAUCAAUACAUGCCCCCUUCGUCACCCCGCCCCGCUAUGAGUGUACCACACCCAACCCAAGCCCCUUACAUUCAGGCCCAAUAUAGCAACCAGGGCCAUCCACCUCCACAAGCCACUCCACUUUCACGUUCACCCUCACAGGUUUCCGGCCCGGACCGACCAGGCUCAAGUCUCGGACCGGCCCAGCCCUCCGUCCCAAUGACCCAAGGACCUUCUUAUAAUGCGAGUCGAUCCACCAGCAGUCCUGCGCCAAAAUCCCAGUUCAUCGUACCAACUAAGAGUUCUAUUGUUAUUAAGGACCCUAACAGUGGUAAAGAGAUGAGCUUUGAGAAGCAAUCGACGUCUCAACCUCGCACGACUCCUUCCCCCGUCAAACUAGGUGCCAAUACUCCAGCUUCUACACCUCCCCGUACCGUCAGCCGUGCCGAACAUGAACGGUCGGACUCUAAGUCCAUGACAGGAGAGGAGAAAAAGCAGUCUUUCCAGGAUGCCAUCGCUCAAAAGGUCAGGGCUGAAGCUGAGGCUCGCAGGAGAGAAGAGGCCGAAAAGGCUGAGAAGCAACAAAAGGAGAAGGAAGAAGCUGAAGCCAAAGCACGUGAGGAGGCAGAGGGAAAGAAGGCAGCGGAGGAGGUGGAGAAAGCUGCUGCACUAGAGAAGGAAAAGGAACAAGAGCAAAAGGAAGCGGCAGUUAAAGAACUUAGCAACCCCGAAGCGCCAAAACCUAUGGAAUCUACACCAGCCGAAGAUGAGAUUGAUUGGGAUGCACUAGAAAAGGAACUAGCCGAGAAAGAAGCCGCAGCUGAGAAGGCAUAUGCUGAAAAGAAGAAGAAGCAGCAGGAAGAGAAAGCUCGCAAAGAGAAGGAAGAGCAUGAGGCUUACAUCCUCAACCUUAAAAAAGCUGAACAAGAGGCGGAGGCUGCAGAAGAGGCUCGAAUCCGCAAACUCAAACAGGGCGAGGAAGAAGUUGCCAAGAAAGAGCAGACAGAUUUGUUUGCUCCCCUCAAAACCAAGGGCACCCAAUCUCCCACUUCCACAGCAGAAAGCCCCGUCAUUCGAACCCCUGCCGAAAGCGGAGCUGCCACGCCCGUAUCGGAUACCUCGAUGGGACCACCCUCCAAACCUGCUAGCAGCGGAAAGCGAGACAAGCCUGCUGCAUUGAAGCUGGAAACUACAAAAACGGUUGAACCACCUCAGCCAAGUGCUGCAAUGAAAUCCCUCCAGACUGCCCGGUUCCUCGAUGAUCCUAGCAAGAUCGCCUACCCUCUCCCCAUCGUCUCCCCUAAUCCUGCUCUAAAUGCAAACGCUCCAACCGACCGUAAAUUUAAGUAUAACAAAGAAUUCUUACUCCAAUUUCAGUCUGUUUUCAAAGAGAAGCCAUCAAUAGAUUGGGACAGCCGUGUUCGGGAGACGGUUGGAGAUGGUACGGAUACUUCUUCGCGCCCCGGAUCCGCUCGAACUCCAAUCAUGGGUGGCGGACGGACAACCUCCCGUCCAGGAAUUCAAACUUCUUUCCCUAGCGCUGGCAUGGGUAAAUUUGUCCCAGUUCCUGGACGGGCACAAACAUUACCCCCUGGAGGUAUCGGUCGGGAUGGUUUCCCGAUGCCAGCUGGUGGCCAUGGUAUGGCAAAUCCUUUCGGCCACUUCUCUCGUGGUCCUGGUGGCCUUCCUCUGGGUAGCUCACCUAUGAGCCGUAGCAGUUCUUCGACUAUGCAGCAGAUGCCAUCUCCACGUGCUGGCAGCCACAGAGGCCAGCGGUCAGGAAGCAAGCGGGAUAAAGGAUCAAGGAAGGAUGAAGAAAGCCACAAGGCUAUGCCUCUCACUGCUAACUUGGACCUAAAACCCUUGGUCCCAUCUAAGACUGGCUGGAAGCCGCGUAGCGUGGGACAAAACCUUUCUGGCCCUGCUCUUGGGGAUGAUGGAUACAUGCCACCGGAUGUUGCCGAACGGAAGAUUAAAGCUAACUUGAACAAAAUGACACCCGACAACUUUGAGCGUAUCUCUGAUCAGCUACUCAGCAUUGUGGGACAAUCUAAGCUCGAAUCAAAUGGUUUCACACUCCAACUAGUCAUCCAGCGUACCGUCGACAAGGCCAUGGAUGAAGCCCACUGGAGUCCAUUGUACGCCCAGUUCUGCCACCGUAUGCAGAACUAUGUGACCCCUGAUAUCAAAGAUGAAAGUAUGCGCGAUCGAGACGGCAAUGCGGUCGCUGGUAAAACUUUGUUCAAAAAAUACCUUCUCAAUGGCUGCCAAGAUGAAUUCAAUCGUGGUUGGAAAGUCGACCUCCCAAAGACACCUGAAGGUGUCACCGAGGAGGCUGCCAUGAUGUCCGACGAAUAUUACAUUGCAGCUGCCGCCAAACGACGUGGUCUCGGCCUGAUCAAAUUUAUUGGUGAACUGUACAAACUCGGCAUGUUGACUGAGGGAAUCAUGCACGGAUGUAUAGUGAAAUUGCUUAACUUUAAGGGUGUCCCCGAAGAAGCCGAAGUGGAGAGCUUGAUAAACUUGCUGCGAACGGUCGGAUACAGUCUUGACCACACUAAGAGUAAGGAGCACCGUGGCAAAAUGGGCAAUUACUUCGAAGUGAUUCAAGCUUUGACGAGCAUGCAAGGCGUUCCUAAACGUCUUCAGUUUAUGCUUGAGGACCUUAUCGAUUUGCGUAAUGCUGGGUGGAUAUCGAAAGACAUCGAUAAGGGUCCCAAGAAAAUUGCUGAGAUUCGGGAAGAGGCUGCCCGCGAGCAUGAAAAGGAACGCAUGCGUCAAGAGGCCAACAGAAGUCGGAUGCCAAUGGGUCGUGGAGAUUCGCGGAACUUUUCUGGUGGUUACGGAAGUCAAGCUCCUCCCGACUUUGCGUCAAGCAAGGUUGGCAACGACGACCUCCGCCGACUGAAGGCGCCCAGGAAUACAAACCAGCCGGUAUCCUUUGGACCCUCCAGCUUGUUUGGUUCCCGGAGUAGCAGCGGCCGCAGAAAUCUUGGUCCCGGCGGCAAUUUAGUUCGUGGAGGCGCAGACAGCGGGGCAAGUAGUCGAACUGGUACGCCGCCAGGCGGUAAGGAUAAAAAGGACGACAAGGAGGCUGCAUCCUCUGUAAAUGCGUUCAGUGCCCUGGCCGCCUUGAAUAACGAAGACAACCUGGCCACAUCACCCCCAUCCAAUCCAUCGUCCCCUCCCAUGGUUAAGUCCCAGCCAGCCGUCGAACGGUCAAAUCCGCCAGCAAAGGAACGGGAAGGUCGAAGUACAUCUUGAAUUAUUUUUAUAAAUUAAGGUGUAUAUUCGAACCCACUCCCCUAUUCGUCAACUCUCCAUCCCUUCUUCGGGGAAGCCAAUUUCUUUCAGUCCAUAAUAAUACCCCGCCGGCUUCUCUCAAACACCUUCAAAAACCAAUUUAUAGACGAUACAACCUUGUAAUACUUUGCCGGUUUCACUAAAAAAAAAGGAAAGGAAAGGAAAUCCGUUCAGGGCGUGGUAUAUUAUUUAUUUUGGGAAAGACAUGGAAAACAAAAGCUGAGAAUCGGAAUAACCGGAACUCCCAUGGGAUAAAAUAUAGAGAGAAGGGGUAAAAAAGAGACAGUAUGAAAGAGAAAAAAUGAGGAAGAAAUCUCGUUUUUUUUGCUUUCUUCUUUUACUUUUUUUUUAUUUCCCAAUCUCUUUUUUACCAAAAUCGCUAUAUAAAAGUUCAAAAUCAUUUGGUGGUGAACAGAUUUAGGGGAAAUGAAAAAGUCAGGAAAGAAGGCCCAUGUUCUCCUUUUCCUUUUUCUAUGUUUCUUCUUGGAUGCUGGAAAAAGAGAAGGAGAGGAGAAAAGAAAGAAUACCCGGAAAGUUGUGUGCUUUAUUUUAUCUCAUUUAUAAUUUUCCCGAUUUUUUUCCUGUCUGUUCCGUUACUCUUUUUCUUCUUUUUUUUUUCUUCUUUGCCCCUAAAAGACCAUGCUUUCAUAUUAUUCUAUUCUUUCAAACUUUUUUUGUUUUUGACUUUUCUUCUUUCUUAAUUAAUCAUGUUGCACUUCUUCUAUUCCUUUUCACGUGCUUUUUUGCUGACUGCCUGCUAUGCAUUUGCACGGUGAUUCUUUUGCUUUUGUUGCUUUGUCUCCUUUUCUCGCCCUUCUUCCCUCUUCGUCUUGAAUCGACCGAUUGACCGAUUGAAUGAUUGAUUAAAAUACAUAACUUCUUUUUAUUCAUCAUGUGUGUGUGUCUAUCUGCGUCUGUACGUGCGUCUUACAAACCUGUCUGUCUCCGCGUCCUACUCAUUUCCGUAAAUUCCAUGACUUUUUUUCUUCUUCUCUUUUCCCCGCUUAUUCUCUAACGUCCAUCUCCGUUUUUCCAUGCCAUAUAUGUGUGUUCAAAAUAUUUUUUUUUUCUUUAUACUUUCUCUCUUCUUUCUUCCAUCUCAUCCUCCUCUCCUCAUUUUUUAUCAAGUAUUGAUUUUCCCACCUCCCUUUUCCUUCUCAAUCAUGUCUAACUAGCUCAAGUAAACUACUACCACUACCACCACCACCAUCACUACUACUACUAGUCAGCUUAAGUUCGGGGUUCAUUUUAAUUAAUUUUAUGCUGUUUAGCUGUUUUUCUUUUUCUCUUCUUCUUCGAAAGGUGGUAAGAAUGAAGUUGGAACUACAUGGGUUAAUCCAAAUCUACUACACAACACGAAAGGCGACGGUCUCAUAUACUAUGCAUACAAAGGCAUGAAGUACAGUACAUGAAAAUUAAUUAUAUUGCGUUAUAUUGCGUUGUCUAACAAAUAUCAACUGGUAUCACAUUUACCUCGCGAGCAUGCAUACGUACACAUAUACAGACGGCCAAACAGAGGAUAGAGACCCCCAGGCAUCAUCAUCAUCAUCAUAAUCAUACAGAGCCUGGGUCGUAG